AUGCCACCACCGCCCUCACCAACUCCCACUGCCACCCAACCCGGAAAUCCGCUGACCUCAGGCAGAUUGAGCCAGACCAUUGACAUCGCUGAUAGGGUUGUCAUUUACAAUGGCACCACCUGCAUCCCUAACUCCCAGCCAUGGCAAGUGGGAUUGUUUGAAGGCAACCAACUUCAGUGUGGGGGUGUCCUAAUUUCCCCCCACUGGGUCCUCACAGCAGCCCACUGCAACCACAAGAAAUACUGGGUGCACCUUGGGGACCACAGCCUUCAGAAUGUGGAUGGGACAGAGCAGAUCCGGCGGACUGGGCGCUCAGUGACCCACCCUGGCUUCCGUGCCCAGCCAGGCAGCCAUAACCAUGACCUGCGUCUAUUGUACUUACCCUUCCCUGCCCGCAUCACACACUCUGUUCGACCCCUGGCCCUGCCUACUGCCUGUGUCAUACCUGGGACGCUGUGUAAUGUGUCCGGCUGGGGCAUCACCCAUAUCACCUAGAAUAUGUACCCCUACCCCUUUCUUCCUCACCUAGGGCCAGACAAACUCCAGUGUCUACCCUUGAGGAUCACACCAGAUAAUGAGUGCCAGGCUGUGUUCCCUGGGAAGAUUACAGAGAACAUGCUGUGUGCAGGAGGUGAUGAUGGGAAAGAUGCUUGCCAGGGGGAUUCGGGAGGACCACUGGUGUGUGACAAUGUCUUGCAGGGCCUGGUGUCAUGGGGCGCUGUGGGUCCCUGUGGCCAACCAGGCAUCCCUGGAGUUUACACCAAGAUAUGCAAGUAUACAGACUGGUUAGGGGAGACAAUGAGGAAGAAAUGA